AUGUGGGUGCGAUGUGUGGUGUCCAGUGUCGUGGCAGUGGUGGUGGGAGCCUCCUUGCUGCCUCUGGACGUGGAACGUCUGGAGGCGAGCGUGGGAGGGUUCGCGGUGCUCAACUGUCAUCUGGACUUUCCGUUCGGAAACGAGAUCCCGUACCAUCUGCAGUGGGAUAAGGAUGGUGAGACAAUAUUCUCGUGGUACAGCAGCGACAGCGCGCCGCGGCUGGCGGACCGCUGGGGGGGCCGCGUGACCCGGCUGGGCGACGGGCGCCUGGGCCUAGGCAGGGGCUCCAUCAACGUCUCAGCCGUCAGGGAGACCGACGCCGGCCUGUACCGCUGCCGAGUUACGUUCCCGAAUAGGACCCCGCCGGCGAGGAAUAACGGCACGUUUUAUUAUUUGGAUGUUGAUGGAAGCAAUCUUAUAGUCACACCUCCAAUGAACUCAACUGUCUUGGAGGGGGAACGAGCUGAGUUCGAGUGUAUGCCGAAGAAUUUAGAGACCAUAGUGCAGUGGUACAAGGAUGGGACGCCUAUCGGGGCGAUUCCGGAGCUGGCGACGCGAGCUGAGCUGGUGGAGAACGGGAGUCUGGUCAUCAGGAAGGCGGAGAGCACGGACCCCGGGGAGUACGAGUGUCAUGUCCAGGAUACAGACGGACAGGUGCAGAGCGCUAGCGCGUUUCUGGACGUGCAAUAUAAAGCCAAAGUGGUGUACGCACCGAAAGAGCGGUACCUCCUGCACGGGCGCCCGGCGAGCCUGGACUGCCACUUCAGCGCCAACCCGCCGCUCACCAACCUGCGCUGGGAGAAGGAUGGCUUCCUCUUCGACCCCUACAAUGUGCAGGGAGUCUUCUACAGUCGGAACGGCAGUCUGCUGUUUAACGAGGUAGACGAAUCCCACGAAGGCUCCUACUCGUGCACUCCCUACAACUCGCUGGGCUCCGAAGGCCCGUCUCCCCUGGUGAAGGUGCGAGUCCAGCGGCCCCCCACGCUCGCCAUCCGCCCUCUGCCGCUGUACCUCACCAGGCUCGGAGCCAGCAUCACGCUGCCGUGUGCCGCCGCCUACACUGAUGAGAAGGCGCCCGCCAUUGAGUGGGUUAGGAAAGACGGUUCCGAGCUGGCUCCGGGCCGCUACUACCUGGACGGCGGCAACCUCACCAUCUCGGACGUGGUGGUAGAAGACCGCGGCAUCUACGUGUGCGAGCUCCGGAACGAGGCCAGCACCCUGCGGGCCGAGGCGGAGUUGUUGAUAGAGAACGUGCCUCCGAGAGCUCCGUAUAAUCUGAGCGCUUUGCCGUCCGUGGACUCGAUUCAUCUGACUUGGGUGCCUGGCCACAAAGGUCUCGAGAUAGACUAUAACAUAUGGUACCGCGAGCGCGCCGUGCACGAGUGGCGCACAAUGAAGAUCCUGUCUCGUGACGUCACGGAGGCCACGCUGGUGAACCUGCGGCCCGGCACGGAGUACGAGCUCCGGGUGCUCUCGCAGGACCACCUGGGAGAUGGGAUGUUCAGCAAGUCACUGUUUGUUAGGACUUUAGACACAGAGAUCGUGGGCGCAGAAGAAGCGUUCCACGCGGUGCCCGUGACGCAGGCACCAGGAGCCCAGGACGAGCUGGAGGUCUCCGUGCGAUUGAUCGACGAGGGCGCGCUCGUGCGCUGGGACCGAGACCCCAUGGACGAGUCCAGGUGCACUAUCAGGUGCUAUGCUGGCGCUGACAGGAGAUUGGUGGCUACCAAGUCUACGGUGGAGAAUUACAUGCUGAUUCCAGAGGUAGAGGACGGCGAGCGCUACUGGCUGCGCGUGGAGUGCGUCUCCGGAGGCUCCGGGGUGGCCUCUAUCCACGUGCCGGAGUACGGGCGGCUGAAGGCCGUGGCUGUGGGCUGCGCGGUCGCCGCGCUGCUGCUGGCUGUUCUGGCCGUCGUGUUGUACCUCGCCCGGGACCGGGUGUGCCCGCCAAGACGCGACAAGAGAAGACAUUAGGAGCGUAGUUGCG